AUGUCAACCGUAGCAUUCUCACGUAAGAGUGUCUUGCAGACUCCAGUCGUAGAGUCUCUACCCUCAUCCUCCUCAAAUUCCAUCUCAGCGACUCCCGACCGCACACCCUCUCAAUCUCACUCCUCAACCUCUCUUUCCUCACUUGCUUCAGACAGUGAGGUCGACGUCCAAAAAUCCGCGGGAAAUUUGGUCAAUAACAAACAGUCAAGCGACUUGGUUGAUACGAAACUGUCAGGUCAAUCGGUCACUUCGGAAGCGCAAUAUGGCAGAUUGGUUGACACCUAUGGCAAUGAAUUCCAAGUUCCGGAGUUCACCAUCAACGAUGUUCGUGCUGCUAUUCCCAAGCAUUGCUUUGAGCGCUCGGCGGCCCGGGGCUUGAUGUACGUUGCCAGGGAUAUUUUCUCCCUUGCUACCACCUUCGCUCUCUUUCAUCUAUUGUGGACUCCGGCAAACGUUCCUUCGGAUAGCGUCCGUGCAGCUGGAUGGGCACUUUAUACUUUCAUUCAGGGAUGCUUUGGUACCGGUUUGUGGGUCAUGGCCCAUGAAUGUGGCCACCAGUCUUUCUCUCCCUCCAAGACACUGAACGACACUGUCGGCUUCAUUUGUCACUCGGCACUCCUGGUCCCCUAUUUCUCUUGGAAGAUCUCUCAUGGCAAGCACCACAAGGCGACCGGACACCUGGAACGUGACAUGGUUUUUGUCCCUAAGACUCGCGAGCAGUAUGCGUCAAGGAUUGGAAGGGCUGCCCAUGAAUUAGCUGAGCUUGCCGAGGAGACUCCCAUCGUCACUGCGGGCUCUCUCAUUGGUCAGCAGCUUGCGGGAUGGAUCUUGUACCUCUCCCUUAACACAACUGGUCACAACAGUCAUACCCGUCAGAAAGAAGGUCGUGGUCAGGGCAAGAAGAACGGCUGGGGUGGUAAUGUCAACCAUUUUGAUCCCUCAAGCCCUUUGUAUGAGGCCAAGGACAGCAAGUUGAUUCUCGCGAGCGAUUUGGGGCUGGCUGCGGCAGCCGGAAUUCUUAUCCUGAUUGGGAAGAAUUUUGGCUGGGCGAACUUGGCUGUGUGGUAUUUCCUUCCAUAUCUGUGGGUCAAUCACUGGCUGGUUGCAAUCACCUACCUUCAGCAUACCGAUCCCUCCCUCCCUCAUUAUGAGGACGCUGGUUGGAACUUCGCUCGCGGCGCUCUUGCAACCGUCGACCGUGAAUUCGGCUUCAUCGGUCGGACCCUCAUGCACGGCAUUGUCGAGACGCACGUCCUUCACCACUUUGUCUCCACCAUCCCUUUCUAUAACGCCGACGAGGCCUCCGAAGCCAUCAAGCCCAUCCUGGGUCGUCACUACCGCUCCAACGUUGAAGGCGGUCCCUGGGGUUUCAUUAAGGCUAUGUGGACGACUGCUCGAACUUGCCAGUGGGUCGAGCCCUCCGAGGGCGCUGAGGGACUCGGCAAAAGCAUCCUUUUCUUCCGCAACCGCAAUGAUAAUGGUCUCCCACCUGCGAAAAUGACUCCGCUCGAAUCCUGA